CCCCCACCACCUCUGUUAACUGACCCCACCCCGUCUCGCUCGCCGCAUCACGCGCCGCGCGACACAAUCAGUUCACCACCGCAGCCACCCCUAGCUAAAUCCCUCGGCGGCGGGGGAGGUGGCGGCGUGCGUGGGCAUCUCGGCGGGGGUCGUACGCUCAUGUCGGCGCUGGUUUGGCUCUGCGUAUUGGUUUUAAGUGGAUUUCCUGUGCACAAUGUCAUCGAUUCUUCGAUCCAUUCAGCUGAGGAACAGUAUAUGGAGUAGCUUCCCUGUCAGAUUUCUUAAGCAACAAGCCGGAUUAUCAACUGUAGAAUUGCUUGAUCCUAGAAGCUGUGGGAAACGACAUUUCACAACACAAGUACAGGAACAUGGGAAGGAAGUUGCGGCGGCAGCAACUAUUCUAGUUUUUGAUCUUGAGACUACUGGCUAUUUCCAUAAGGAUCAUAGAAUAGUUGAGUUUGCACUCUGUGAUCUUUCUGGAGGAAAGAAUAGCACUUUUGAAACUCUUGUUAAUCCUGAAAGGACUGUUCCUGACUACGUUGAACAUCUCAUUAAAAUUGGCACUGAUCUCGUGUGCAGGCCUGGUAUCCCAAGGUUUAGUGAUGUAAUCCCACUACUAUUGGCAUUCGUUCGAAGUCGCCAAGCUCCUGGCAAGCCAGUUCUGUGGGUUGCUCAUAACGCAAAACAAUUUGAUGCUCGUUUCCUUGCUCAGGAGUUUGAUCGUUGUUCAGCACCACUUCCUGCAGAUUGGCUGUUUUUUGACACCCUUCUCUUGGCAAAAAAGAUGGUGAAAGCAGAGGGGAAAAAACGUCGUACAAGCUUGGAGGCACUGAGAGAACACUAUGGCAUCGUCUCGCAUGACGAUGCGCAUAGAGCAAUGCGAGAUGUUAUGAUAUUGUCUCAGGUUUUCCAGAAAAUGACUUUUGAUCUAAAACUGACAAAUGAAGAACUAAUAAACGAGGCCAUGAAGCUCCCGUUCCAUGUGUUCUGUGAUUCUGUCUGCUUGCUUUUUCUAUGGACCAGUUUCGAACAGCAGUCUGAACCAGAGAGAGAAGAAAUUUAGAUGUCUCGGAGGUUUGCACACGAUCAACGGAUCAAGCCAUCAAGGUACAUGGGAUGAUGGGAGGGAAACCUGGUACCCGUACGCCCUCUUGCAGCAUGAGAAAUGGACCUGCAGGAUCAGCUAUAGCACAUGCAUGUUUUGCUCCCAGUUGGUUGCAGCUUCAACACAUGGGAAACGGGCGGCUCCACAUCCAUCUUGCGCUGACCGCGUCCUGCAUGUAUGGCGCCAGCAUCGGCCACGAGGCUUCGAUUUCUUCUUCCUGGCCCGCCAUGACCCGCACUCCUUCCGAUUGCACGCUAGCUUAUUUACUCUUUAUCGAACUUAACAAAGGUUGAUCAAAUUUAUAGAAAAAAAAUUAACAUCUAAAAUAUGAAAUUAGUUUUAUUAAACUUAAAAUUGAAUGUAGUUUGAUAACAUGUUUGUUUUGUGUU